CUCCCAUGUGCCCGCCCAGCCGGUGGCGGCGGCGCUGCUGCCUCAGCUGCCCGCUUCUGUUAUCCGCGCCGGACGCUCCGGCGGGCACGCUGAGGCUGCGGGGCUGCGGGGAGCGCGGGGCUGCGGGGAGCGCGGGGCUACGGGCCCGGAGUGGGGCUUUCUUUGGCCAGUCAGGAGACGCCGGCACCGAGGGACACAUCAGCAUGAGGCAAAGAUUAAUGUGACAGUGUCAGGUGGACCAACAGCCAUCCCACUGCCCCCUUUGUCAGGGAGGCACUGAGAGUGGGGAAGCAUGGAGGAGAGUAAGAAUGAGACAAUGAAUCGAGCGCAUGCCCUCUUUGACCGGUUUGUGCAGGCCACCACCUGCAAGGGAACCCUCAAGGCCUUCCAAGAGCUGUGCGACCACCUAGAACUGAAGCCUAAGGACUACCGCUCUUUUUAUCACAAGCUCAAGUCCAAGCUCAACUACUGGAAAGCCAAAGCCCUCUGGGCAAAGCUGGACAAACGAGGCAGCCACAAAGACUACAAAAAGGGAAAAGCAUGCACCAACACCAAGUGUCUCAUCAUUGGAGCUGGCCCCUGUGGUCUUCGGACAGCCAUCGACUUAUCCUUACUGGGAGCUAAGGUGGUCGUUAUUGAGAAACGAGAUGCCUUCUCCCGCAACAAUGUCUUGCAUCUCUGGCCAUUCACCAUACAUGAUCUACGAGGUCUGGGUGCCAAGAAGUUCUAUGGCAAGUUCUGUGCUGGAGCCAUUGACCAUAUUAGUAUCCGUCAGCUUCAAUUAAUACUUUUGAAAGUAGCCUUGAUCCUAGGCAUUGAAAUCCAUGUCAAUGUGGAAUUCCAAGGACUUGUACACCCUCCUGAGGACCAAGAAAAUGAACGGAUAGGUUGGCGGGCACUGGUGCACCCCAAAACACAUCCUGUAUCAGAAUAUGAAUUUGAAGUGAUCAUUGGAGGAGAUGGCCGUAGGAACACCUUAGAAGGAUUUCGUCGGAAAGAAUUUCGUGGCAAACUGGCCAUUGCCAUUACAGCAAAUUUUAUUAACCGAAAUACAACAGCAGAAGCCAAAGUGGAAGAGAUCAGUGGCGUGGCUUUUAUAUUCAACCAAAAAUUUUUCCAGGAGCUUAGAGAAGCCACAGGUAUUGAUUUGGAGAACAUCGUCUACUACAAAGAUGACACACACUAUUUUGUUAUGACAGCCAAAAAGCAGAGCCUGCUGGACAAAGGGGUGAUACUGCAUGACUACGCUGACACAGAGCUCUUGCUUUCCCGGGAGAAUGUGGAUCAAGAGGCUCUGCUGAACUAUGCCAGGGAGGCAGCAGACUUCUCCACCCAACAGCAACUGCCAUCUCUGGAUUUUGCCAUCAAUCAUUAUGGGCAACCUGACGUGGCCAUGUUUGACUUCACUUGUAUGUACGCCUCCGAGAAUGCCGCCUUGGUGCGAGAGCAGAAUGGACACCAGUUACUAGUGGCUCUUGUUGGGGACAGCCUCCUAGAGCCUUUUUGGCCAAUGGGAACAGGAAUUGCCCGGGGCUUUCUAGCUGCUAUGGACUCUGCCUGGAUGGUACGAAGUUGGUCUCUAGGAACAAGCCCCUUGGAAGUCCUGGCAGAGAGAGAAAGCAUUUAUAGAUUGCUGCCUCAGACCACCCCUGAGAAUGUGAGUAAAAACUUCAGUCAAUACAGCAUAGACCCUGUCACCAGAUAUCCCAAUAUUAACGUCAGCUUCCUCCGACCAAGCCAGGUGCGCCAUUUAUAUGAUACUGGAGAAACAAAAGAUAUUCAUUUGGAAAUGGAGAACCUGGUAAAUUCCCGAACUACCCCAAAGUUGACUCGCAAUGAGUCUGUAGCUCGUUCAAGCAAACUGCUGGGUUGGUGCCAAAGGCAAACAGAUGGCUACGCAGGGGUCAAUGUGACAGAUCUCACUAUGUCUUGGAAAAGUGGCCUGGCCCUGUGUGCGAUCAUCCAUAGAUACCGUCCUGAUCUGAUAGAUUUUGAUUCUUUGGAUGAGCAAAACGUGGAGAAGAAUAACCAACUGGCCUUUGAUAUUGCCGAGAAGGAACUGGGCAUUUCUCCCAUCAUGACAGGCAAAGAGAUGGCCUCGGUCGGGGAGCCUGACAAGCUGUCCAUGGUGAUGUACCUGACCCAGUUCUACGAGAUGUUCAAGGACUCACUCCCUUCCAGCGAUGCCUUGGACCUGAAUGCUGAGGAGAAAGUAGUCUUGAUAGCCAGCACGAAAUCCCCCAUCUCCUUCCUAAGCAAACUUGGGCAGACCAUCUCUCGGAAGCGUUCUCCCAAGGUGAAUAGAAGAGUGGGAAGGGCAUUUGAGGGCUUCUCUAACAGAGGCUGGUUUGGGGGUGUCAAUAUUCAUCAGGAGGAAGCGCCCCGGGUCUGCAGAGGAGGAAGGCCCACGCUGGUGAGCACUCUGACGGACAGGAGGAUGGAUGUGGCUCUUGGCAACCAGAACAAAGUGAAGUACAUGGCAACCCAGCUGCUGGCCAAAUUUGAAGAGAAUGCGCCUCCACAGUCCACUGGCCUGAGGAGACAGCCGACACAAGAGCGUGGGGUCAGCCAGCCGUCCUGCUGCCUACCUGAGCAGGAUUGCCCUGCUCCCACCCCUCAGUGGAAACAGGGCUCAAUAAAGAAGGAGUUUCCGCAGAACUUGGGAGGCAGCGACACGUGCUAUUUUUGCCAGAAGAGAGUCUACGUGAUGGAGAGGCUGAGUGCCGAGGGCAAGUUUUUCCAUCGGAGCUGCUUCAAAUGCGAGUACUGCGCCACCACCUUGCGCCUCUCAGCCUACGCCUAUGACAUUGAGGACGGUAAAUUCUACUGCAAACCACACUACUGUUACCGACUCUCUGGCUCCACACAGAGGAAGAGACCAGCAGUGACUCCUCUGUCUGGAAAGGAGGCCAGAGGACCCCUGCAGGAUGGCCCUACUGCAGAUGCAAAUGGACGGGCCAGCACCAUCACCAGCCCUGCUGAGAGAACUCCAGGUUCAAGUGUGAAUGGCCUGGAGGAGCCCAGCAUUGCCAAGAGACUGAGGGGCACUCCUGAGAGGAUUGAGCUGGAGAACUACCGUCUAUCUGUGAAGCAGGCAGAGGAGCUGCAGGAGGUACCUGAGGAAACGCAGGCCGAGCACAACCUGAGCAGCGUGCUGGACAAGGGCACGGAGGAGGACGUGGCCAGCAGCAGUUCUGAGUCCGAGAUGGAGGAGGAGGAGGAGGAGCCUCCGCUGCCCACCUCAGAUCUGGGUGGCGUUCCUUGGAAGGAGGCUGUAAGGAUCCAUGCUCUUCUAAAAGGAAAGAGUCAAGAGGAGCUGGAGGCCUCAAAGAGCUGCGAGCCUGGUAAUGACGAAGAGGAGGAGUAUGAGGAAGAGGAGGACGAGGAGGACUACGGCGAGGAGGAGGAAGAAGAGGAGGAGUCUAGUGAAGAAGGGGAGUAUUGCCCCUGGGACAAAGAACUCCUGCAAGGCCAGUGGCUCCAGCAUCUGUCAAAGAAAGAAGAUUCGGGUACAUGUAAAGUAGCCGGGAGCCAGAGGCUACAGCAGAUCAUAAACGCAGCCGAUCCCUUGGAGAUCCAGGCUGACGUGCACUGGACGCAUGUUCGUGAGAAAGAGGAGGAGGAGCGAAUGGUACCGACCUCUGAGUCCUCUACUUCUAGAGUGCCUGACCUUCCUUCCAUACGCCGUGCAGCAGUGCAGGCCUGGCUGGAGACGGUCUCCGGAGUCCCAUUUGAUGAGAAUGACCUGGAGGAAGAUGUGGACUCGGAGCCAGCAGAGAUAGAAGGGGAGGCAGCAGAGAAUGGGGACACUGGGGACACUGGUGCUGAGCUGGAUGAUGAUCAGCACUGGUCUGUCGAUGUCCCAUCAGAUGCCGAAGCGGAGCUACAGCUGAGGGUCUCAGAAAAUGAGGAAGAGCAACCCUCUGUCACAGCAUGGCGCCAAGAGAGAGAUCCCUCCCGAGUCUCCAGUCCCACCUGGUCCCCUGUAGAGCAGGCUGUUCUGUUCUCCCCAGUCCACAGCCCCAUGGCAGAGGGAGCACGAAUCCCUCAUACCUCUGUGGCUACCAAGGUGAAAUCCCCUGAGGAGCACCUUUUCCCUGAACAUUUGGUCCCCAGAACCGAAGCUCCCACUGAUCAGAAAGCCCUGCAUUCUCCCAUCCGGUCGCAGCCGGUGGCUCUGCCAGAAGCCAUGACACCUACCUCCCCCGUUACUUCACAGGGCCUGUCCCCGUUGGCCACCUCCACUGCCACGCCCACCCAGCUCCCCAUUUGCUCCCAGCCUCAGCCUUCCUCUGAGGCCACUGUCCCAUCCCCCACCAAGUCCCCCAUAUGCUUCCAGCCUGUUCCAGCCAAAGCAUCCACUCCCCUAUCCCCUCUCCCCUUGAAGAACCAAGGGGAUGCCAAGGAUGGUCUCGGCAGCCCGCUUGCAAUGGACGAGGCCCUGAAGCGGAACGACCUGGUGGCGGAGUUCUGGAUGAAGAGCGCCGAAAUCCGCCGCAGCCUCGGCCUCACACCCGUGGAUCGGAGCAAGGGGCCAGAGCCCAGCUUCCCGUCACCUGCCUUUAAGCCGGUGUCCCUAAAAUCCUAUUCAGUUGAGAAGUACCCCCAGGGUGAGGGGCUCCAUCUUCUAAAACCUCCACCUGCUCCUAAGAGACUGGGCCUGGCAAAGUUGAAUGGCGACCAGUCCUCCCUGCCGUCCCCUAAGUCCCCGUCUGACAGAGAGCUGAAAAGCUCCCACGAGGAGCAGAGAGACCUGUCCAGCAGCUCUGGGCUGGGCCUUCACGGGAGCUCCUCCAACAUGAAGACCUUGGGCAGCCAGAGCUUCAACACCUCAGACUCCACCAUGCUCACUCCACCCUCGAGCCCGCCCCCGCCCCCACCCCAGGACGAGGAGCCUGCAACUCUUCGAAGGAAGCUGUAUCAGACAUAUGAGCACAAGGAAACCAAGCCCAAGGCCUCUGUGACCCCACCCCCUCCACCUGCCACCUUUAUGCGGCCCCUCCGAGAACCUGCCAAGCCUCCCCGGGAGGAGGUGCGAAAGUCAUUUGUAGAGAGUGUAGACGAGAUCCCUUUUGCUGAUGAUGUGGAGGAUACAUAUGAUGACAAGACCGAAGACUCAAGUCUGCAAGAGAAGUUCUUCACACCCCCUUCCUGCUUGCUCCGCUCAGAAAAGCCUCUCCACCCACCCCUAGCCAAGGAAAGUGGUAGGUUGCCUACUCUGGAGAGUGGGAUCCAACCACAGAAGAGAGGGCUGCCUGUAGUCUCUCCCCAAGCCAAGGAGCUGGCUGAGGAGCGCAUGCGCGCCAGGGAGAAGUCCGUGAAGAGCCAGGCACUGAGAGAUGCCAUGGCCAAACAGCUGAGUCAGAUGAAGGAGAUGGAGAUGACAGCUGGGACCACCAGGCCCCCAGGAGGCACUUCCCACAAAGCCUCCUCAGUACCCUCCAAGGGCAAAGUCCUCAGUCUCGAGUCCCCUGAAUACCCAAUCCACAAAGGCCCAGAUGAGCCCACCCUGAGGCAUGAAGCCACUAGUGAGGAGAUCUUCCCUCCGUCGGACUCAGGGGGCCCAGACGGUUCAGUCACCUCAUCUGAGGGUUCCAGUGGAAAGAGCAAGAAGAGAUCAUCACUCUUCUCCCCCCGCAGAAACAAGAAGGAGAGGAAGUCCAAAGGUGAGGGCCGGCCCCCGGAGAAGCCCAGCCCAAACCUGGAGGAAGCAGCCUCCAAGCCCCGGUCCUUGUGGAAGUCGGUCUUCUCUGGGUAUAAGAAAGAUAAGAAGAAGAAGGGCGACAACAAGUCUUGCUCCAGCACCCCUUCCAGUGGUGCCACCGUGGACUCUGGCAAGCACAGGAUGUCUCCGAUGGUUAGAGCAGAGCUGCAGCUCCGGCGCCAGCUGAGUUUCUCCGAGGACUCUGACCUCUCCAGUGAUGACAUCCUUGAGAGGGCCUCCCAGAAGUCCAAGCGAGAGUCGAUUUAUGUACCACACGCCUUGGCAUUCAGGAGAUCAUAUGCAUCAAAGCCAAGAACUUACACGGAGGAAGAACUGAAUGCCAAGCUGACCCGGCGUGUGCAGAAGGCAGCUCGGAGACAGGCCAAGCAAGAGGAACUUAAGCGGCUGCACCGAGCCCAGAUUAUCCAGCGGCAGCUGGAGCAAGUAGAAGAGAAGCAGAGGCAACUGGAGGAGAGGGGGGUCGCUGUGGAGAAGGCGCUCCGUGGUGAAGCAGACUAUUGGGGAGAGUCUUAUUACAGUGACCUCAUCGACUUGCAUCUGGGUGGCAUGGGCAAGAAGGACGACCCCAAGCUGAUGCAGGAGUGGUUCAAGCUGGUGCAAGAGAAAAAUGCCAUGGUGCGCUACGAGUCGGAGCUGAUGAUUUUCGCCCGGGAGCUGGAACUGGAAGACCGGCAGAGCCGACUGCAGCAGGAACUCAGGGAGCGGAUGGCAGUGGAAGAUCACCUGAAGACCGAAGAGGAGCUAUCAGAGGAGAAGAAGAUCCUGAACGAGAUGCUGGAGGUGGUGGAGCAGAGAGACGCCCUCGUGGCCCUGCUCGAGGAGCAGCGGCUCCGGGAAAAAGAGGAGGACAAGGACUUGGAGGCUGUCAUGCUAUCAAAAGGCUUCAGCCUGAACUGGUCUUGAGUGCUUAUCCACGCUCUGGUUGGCUGGUCUGUGGUAUCUGCCUGACCCGGGUGGGCUCUCCCAGACUACCCGGAUUCAAGAUCUGAGAAGGGCCGCACCUCCUGGGAGUUCACACUCACGUGUCCACGUGCCUCUUGAAGAGCGGGUCAAGUUCUGUUGUGGGGAACACUCCCCUCACCCCGAAGAUGAUUAUCUGAGGUGGCUCUGCCUCCUCGAAGAGACCCAUCCUGACCUCCUGCUCCGGGGAGAGGUCAUGGAGUGUAGACCCAUAAUGUGGGGAAAAGAAAGGCCUGCACGUUCCCCACAGUGGUGACUGGCACUCCUUCUUGCACAGGAAUAUUUAGUAAGAGAAGGAAACUGCUCACCCCUGUCAGAACCAUAGCCAUCAGAGUGUACCCCACAGAGAGAAAGGGGCACCUGUCUUCAUGCUUCCUGAAGCACCACCAAAGAAAUGAAGGAGACAGCCCAGGAAAGCCACAUGUGUAUCGAGACCAGGAGAGCGACCACGGCCAAUCAGGGUGACACCUACCCCAGCAUCACAGGGAAGCCGAGGGGGGCCAGCUCCUGAGUUCGUUAUGCAAGUGAGUAAGGAGGAUCCAGGAGGGGUCUGCUCCCCGGCCCCACACCACACACUGCAUCCCAAGUGGCCAAAUGCCCCAGGUCUCUCUAUGACUAGCCUAAAGCCUGUGGAUUGCUGCAUUUUGCUUUUAAUUCACAACCAUUUUAACACUGGAAAAUACUGAUUUUGGGGAACGAGUGAGGCUCAGAAUUUGACAAACAGGCGUUGUCACUGUUCGGCACUUCACGUCAGGGCCAGAGUUAUCCUCCUUGGUGUUUUUCCUGCGUUUGCACAUUGAAAUGACGCUGACAACCUGGCAAGACACUCAGUGCUUUGGACCCUUUUUUGUCAAUUAACUUAUUUUUUUAAUACUUGAAAAGAAGCAACUUCAUUUUUAUAUCUUUACUAGAGACACUGAUCACCUGGCACCUGGUGUGGGAGUGAAAGAGGUGUCCCAUCCCAACCUGACUGAACAUUUGUUACAUCCAUCUAUUUAUUAGCCUUCUUCAUAGUGUUACUGACCCAGCUGGCAUCAGGGAGCAGCUGAGGCCCUCGUGGGGGCCCCUGCUCACAGCUCUUCUGUCCCCUCCUGUACUUUGUGUCCAACUUCUCCUCCUCCACCUGGCAUCCUGUCCUCACUCUGACACCAAACUUUAUGUCUACACCACCCACUUGUCAAGGAGACAUUUCAGCACUAUUUGAAGCCAGACCAGCAGGCACAGAUGCCACUCAUCUCCCUGUGGUGGGAGUACUGGCUCUGCAGAACCCAUUUUGUCCCUUAGUUUUGGUGCCAGGGUUUCACCUUCCACGAUACAUUUAUUAAAGAAAGUUGGGGUAUAGUCCUCUUCCAGACUGGCUGAGACAGUGCACGGUGGGACCCUGUAAUCCAUCUUGCUGAUGAGGAUUCCCUCAGCCCAUCCUGAGCUCCAACCAGAUAGAAGUGUAUGUGGUACAACAGGUAUUGGGGUUUAGGUUGGUCUCUCACAAACAUAAUAGCUUCAGCCCAAACCUCCCCAGUAUCCAGAUGUUCAUGGAGAGACAAGGGAGGAUAAGCAUCAUGUACCCAGCUCCUUGAGCCAAACUCUGCUCCUUUCUCAUGAUUCGGCCAGAGGCUGGCUGUACACAGCGCACAGAGCCACUGUCUGAGGAAACCUGGUCGGGCAGCACCUGACCAGCCACGGAGUGAGUGCACAGUCAGCCCAGGGAGGAGACCUGCCAGUGCCAGGCCACUCCGGGAGGGUUCUCAAGCCAGCUGCUGUGGAGAGGGGCCUGUGUAGCGAGAACAGAGGCCUGGCAACUCUCAAGGCCAUCUGAGGGCAAGAGAGAUCAGGUGUCCACGCUGACCUUGGAUCUUCCAUGGGGAACCACACCGUGCCUCAACUUGAACAUUCAUUCUCACUACAAAGGAGCAAAGAGCUAUUCUUCACUUUGUCUAAAAGCUACCAUCCCCCUCCUCUGAAAAUCGAGGAGGCAUGCUGCUAGCAGCCACCACAGUUCUGACUCCAUUUCAUGUUUACUGAUGAGGCAGGUAGGGUCUCUGUUUUUUCUCUUUUCUUAAAAGGGGGAGGAGAGGGUGUCAUAGAUUCCAUCUUUAAACUGCAGCCUUCCAAUAAAAUUGGACUUCAGACAGGACCUUCAUCGCCUUUGUGGCCCUUUCCCUCACCCUCCACCUCUCGAAGACCACUAUGCCUGGCCAACCCCUGGGAGGACUGCCUCCAUUCCUUGUAGCUCCUGCUAACCCCAGAACAAGGAAGCAGUUUAUGAAGUGGUUGGGAAGGGCUGCGGCCAUAGCAUAGCGAUCCUCUCUAAGUGGCCUAAUGUAGCAGGAGCAGCAGAUGUUACUGUCUGCCCCUUGCCGCCGGCCAGUACUGCAUCGCUCCAAAGCACACACUGCUGCCUUCCGUUACUAGAAAGAGGGCUGAAGACUUUGCAGAGAAGCUUUAAAAAUCCACGAGCCUGUAAAACGUUUCCCCGCUCUCCACAUCUAAGUGUUAAGAUUUCAGGUUCUGGUAGAGCACUCUUUUAAAAAGCUCCCAUUUUAUAACCACUAGUUCUCAGUUUAUUUACUACCCUGUGACAUGCUGCAUGAAAUGUUUUCCCACUCUGGAAAUGCAUGCAGCUCCAAGCAGGCUUUCUUCUUGUGAGUUAAGUUCCCUUGAAGGUAGAAGGAGGAGGAUGUAUAUUUAUCUGAAAUGCCAGAGGUCGGUGAGCCAAACACAAAGCCAACACAGUGGGCAACCAGGCUCAGCGCCACCUAGGGCAGUGGCAGGCACCCCAGCCCCUGAGUCUGAGUCAUCAGUGGGGGACUGGCCAGCAGCACUGUGGGGUCCUCACCCUGCCCACAUGGCAUCUUUGGGCCUUUGCCCCCAGGCCUUUGACCAGCAAUGAUAGAUUAUUCUUUACCUUUUCUAAAGAGAAGAAAUUUUUCAGUGGAGCAAGAAGUGGAGAGAAUUUAAAGAAAUAAAUUUCAAAGGUUAGGCAGCAACCAAGCUACAAAGAAGAAUGGGCCACUUUAUGCACAAUAAAAGUUUCAAAAGAAAUACAGACUGUAUUUCUUAAGCCAUUGUACUGGACUUGGCAGUGAGCCUGGAUACAUUUCCACAUUCUACCACCAGCCCUUUUCAAGUAGGUGAUGUCCAUGCUGUGUCUAGUGUGUGUAUGGUUGUGUACAAAGUUGUUUACAGAAGACGUUAUUUUUUUAAGUUUGUACUUUUUUUAGUUAUCCAUAUUAUCCUGGCUCAGCUAUCAACUGUUAUCGCUUGAGAAAAUGUAUGAAGUAACCCUGUGUGGUAAGAAGCUGCUCUUCAAAACCAAACCCCAGUACACCCCCUUGAAGAAAAGCAAGUUCUAGAGAUUCUCCAAGUUGUAAUGACCCUGCGUCCCGGCGACCUUCCUGGCAACUGCUGCCCCCAGGCCUGCCUGGGCUCUAGCCUUUGACACAGCUGACCUGGGAUCCUGCAGCCUCUAGGCCUGAUGGUUGAGAGAUAUUGAUGUCCCCAACUACAUUUGGUGCAUUGGGUCUUGGAGAGAGCUGACGUCACCCUUCUUCAGACUGGAAACAUCACCAGGAGACUGAAGGGAAUAAUCCUGGCUGACUCUUCUCUCUUUACUACAAGAAGCCUCCAGGGCUGUUUUUCCAAAUGGAGGCAGCCCAGCUCUGUCCCCCUCCCUUGGUCUGCUGCCCCAUCAGAAGCAUAGUGGACUUCAUCAUGACCCACAGAGCUAAUCCCAAAGGCGUGAUGCUUCCCUUUGUAGCAGUAAUGAGAGGGAGAAAACAGCAACAGAUGGAUAGAGGGGAGCCUUGUCCAGCCUCUUGCCAGCUAUUCCAGAAGGAAGAAAAGGGCCUAGCUGAUGCAAAUGUACGCAUCUUAGGGACAGUAGAGCCAGCUGGAGUGAAUAUACUGUGACUCUAGAUUCCUAAAAGGAAAGAUGGAUUGUGACACAUGCCUGCUGGGAAAGAAGAGGAGUUUGGAAGUCACCUGUGCUGGUCACCUUUUGUUCCUCAGAGGGGCUCACUUUGAUUAGAGCUGGAAACAGGCAGGACUUGGCUUCAGUGCACAACAACCCCAAGUGGCAGGAAUGAUGAUUGUUUUAUUAGGCAACCAGGAAGGAAGGCUGCUGGAGCCCCAGGGAAUACACAUCAGAAGCACAUGUUUCCUUUCUUUCCAAGAAGCCACCAUGUCUGAUGGCUUAGAAAUCCCUCCUGAACCCUGCCUGAAUCCUCAUGGUUCCUUCUUAGGAAUCAGUGAAAAAUGGUAAAGGGAGAGAAUGUGCCAUUUUAUGACACUUUAUGAGCUGGCAAGACAGUCCCACUUAAGGAGAGCUCUCCUCCUCCUCGUUACCUGCUGUGAAGAAUCUCCCCACUGCAAUACUCAGUGAGGAGGGUAAAAACCAUCCCCUUAUGUGGGCUAUGUCCCAUCAAAACACCAGCCCAGGGGACAAGAGCCGCCCCUUGCCACACCAAAUCAAGGAGCCUGUUAGACUAGGCACCCAGGGUCACAAGCCCUCCAGUGACGCUCCCAGACAGCCUGUUGCUGCUCAACACUCAGGUUGUAUUUUGUGACAGCCCCACUCCUUGUAUCCUGUGCCCUGAGGUCUUGCAGCUAGGGCCUAAACAGGGAAGCUGGAAUCCCAGAUUUUGUGAAUAGGCCACAUGUGCUGGCCGCCUCUGCCUGAGAAGCAACAUGUUACCAGGACAGAAAUGGAAGGGGAGACAGCAUCCUAUGCACACGUGUUUACACACACUCCUUUUCACCUCCAACAUGUCUUUUCUGAACCAGAGUGGACAUCUAGUUCUAAAGUAGGCUGGAUUUCAGCCUUUAGCCCCAGGUAGGACCAGCUGUGAUGGGGUGGCCCAGGCCUCAGCUAGGCAGGACUCGAGCUGAGGAUCUUCCUGCAAUGGCACCCAGCCUGGGGCCUGGAAGGCUGGAGCUCUUUCGAAAGGUCUUCAAAGUGGGCAGGCAGAGCAUCCCCUAGGCCCGGGAGAAGGGUCUUUUGUAGUGCCCAGUGUGAGAGUAGGGCUGCCUCACGCAGCUCUUAUGAUACGAGGACAAGGUUGCUGCUGUCUGACCACACAUGAAAGGGCAGCAGGGGUGUGAGUGUGCUGAGAUCAAGGUCAGCAUUCAAACGUGAACUUGUCCAUGCCUCUUUCCGACUUCAGACAUAGCCUUAGGCACAUCACUUUACUGGUCAGGACCGCCCGCUGUCUCACCUGGGGCUGGUAAUCAACCAGGAUCGUGGGAAGGCAGUGCAUCGAAGGGUUUGAGAUUCUUAAAUCAGGGCCUGUGUACACAUACAGACAUCUUUCAUAAUAACUAACAUUCACCUUAAAGAAGGGUAAGAACCCAAGACGGGCUGAAGGAAGUUUCUCACAGUACCUCCAGGGGCUGGUUUCCAACUGCCCAAGGUCAUCUCGGGUGUAUCUGGUAUGCCAACAGAGUUGGGCGUUUAUUUUUAAUUAUUUUAAAUGCUAGGCUGAAUCCUCUCAGGAACAUAACUUACUAGAUACAGAUCGCUAUAGAUGAGCAGUGUUCCCAGAACAUUCAGAUAGGCUGCCGCUGGGUGUGUACCUGAGGCUAGACAGUGCUGGGCUCUGUACUCAGUGCCUUAACUGGGAACAAACCAGCACUAAGCUCAAGGGGGCAGCCCAGAGCCACCAGGCACCUCCACCUUGAAGCAGCUCCACCAGACCUCUCCCAGCAGUGUCCCCAGGGGACAGAGCAUGGGUCCCUGGUCCUCCAGAAUCAUUGUCAAGGAUGUGGGGUUCAUCCAAGUGAAAGUUAGGGUGUGUUCAUUUUAGGAUGCUGAGCAAGAGCCAGAAGAACCAGAGUUCACUCGCACAUACCACAGGCCCUAUCACAGCAAGUGAUGAGAAAAGUGAGCAUUUCUUGGGAGAGAAACCCUGAUAAAUAUCUAAGGUUUGGCACUCUGGCCUUCAGGUUGUUGCGCUAAGAGUGUGAUAGCCAAGUCUUUACUGUGGGUGAAAAGAAAAGACAAGAAGCACCUGACAGCCAAUAGCUCCCUUUCCCCAGCUGCAUUUUCUUUAACUAUUUUUAUAAUGUUUUUAAAGAAUUAAAUACCGUUUUAAAAGUGUAA